AUGUCAGAUCUACAGAAAUUACCCCCUAAAAUCCAAUACUUGAAACUAAAGCGUACAACGGAACUUAAUAAUAAACUCAGAAAAGAACUAGCAAGGGAAAGAAUCACAGCUUCAAAUGCCUGUUUAAAAUUAAUAGAAUAUACGUCGACUACGAAAGACUAUGCAAUACCUGAAGUCUGGGGUUAUAUGAAACCUGGUGAAAAUCAUUUUCGUGAUACCGGCAGACUUAAAUACAAUAGGGGUGAUAAGUCAGGUAAAGAUAUGACUUGUUGUAUAAUUAUGUAG